AUGGCCACCACUCAACUUUCCCUCCAAAUCCUCCGCCCUCUCCCGGCCGCCUGCCAAACUUUUGGGCGACAGAGUUAUGGUUGGCAAUCAAGAAAUUUAUCCAUUAGAACUCGUCAGCAAAACUUGAAAUGGGUCUUCAGGCUAAGCCUGAUUGACCAGAACCCGCCACAGUCAGAGUCACAAGCAAGUACAAGUGUGGACGUGAAACAGUUGGUGGAGUUCUUGUAUGAUGAUCUUCCACAUCUCUUCGAUGAUCAGGGAAUUGAUCGGACAGCUUAUGAUGAGCGUGUGAAAUUUAGGGAUCCUAUCACUAAGCAUGAUAGUAUAAGUGGGUAUCUUUUUAACAUUGCUCUUUUGAAGAAUAUCUUCAGGCCUCAGUUCUUCUUGCACUGGGUCAAACAGACAGGAACUUAUGAGAUAACUACAAGAUGGACUAUGGUGAUGAAGUUCAUGCUUCUGCCAUGGAAGCCAGAAUUAGUGUUCACAGGAACCUCUGUCAUGGGAAUCAACCCAAAGACUGGGAAGUUUAGCAGCCAUUUGUUGAGGAUUUACAAGACUCCUGACCUAGAAACCCCCAGAUAUCAGAUACUGAGAAGGACUGCAAACUAUGAGGUACGGAAUUACAGCCCAUUCAUAGUGGUAGAAACUAGUGGAGAUAAGUUGUGUGGUUCAACUGGAUUUAAUGAUGUUGCUGGGUAUAUUUUUGGAAAGAAUUCCAUGAUGGACAAAUUUCCAAUGACCACUCCUGUGUUCACUCAAGCAAAUGAUGCUGGAUUGUCCGAAGUAUCCAUCCAAAUAGUUCUUCCAUUGGAGAAAGAUUUAAGCAGCUUACCAAAUCCUAAUCAAGAGACAAUUAGCGUAAGAAAGGUGGAAGGAGGCAUUGCUGCAGUAGCUAAAUUCAGUGGGAAACCAACUGAGGAUAUUGUUAUUCAGAAAGAGAAAGCGCUUCGAUCAUGCCUUGUUGAAGAUGGUCUUAAGCCUAAGAUGGGUUGUUUGCUUGCUCGCUAUAAUGAUCCUGGCCGAACAUGGAGCUCCAUAAUGGUAUGA